AUGGCUCCCCAUCCUAGUAUCAGGCUGCCCCCAAUGAAGGUGCUGGCACCCCAUCGUCCUCUCUCUGAGCACUUUCAUCUCUUCUUCGCUUCCUCUGGGUACCAGAGCGCUCCAUUCUGCAACAUCACAGGGGGACUUACAAUGCAGUACGCUCCAGCUUUGUGCAGUCGCUGCGGUCGAAGGAGCCCUACACUCUCCGCCGCGGGGGUGUGGUCUCCCUCCGUUUCCCCGGGGCCCCCCGCCGUGUCCCCGGAGCCCAGCGGAGGGGGAGGAGGGGGCUUUUUCUCCUCUCUCUCCAAUGCUGUCAAGCAGACCACCGCUGCCCUCAGCGAGCAGGUGUCUACCGCGGCCGGGGGUGUCUCCGGGGCGGUGUCCAGGGGGGCCAAACUACUGCUGGUCAUUGACGAGCCGCACACCGACUGGGUGAAAGUUUUCAAAGGGAAGAAAAUUGGCGCAGAGUUUGACAUCAAAAUAGAACAAGCUGAAUUCUGUGAUCUAAACCUGGUGGCACACUCCAAUGGAACGUUCUCUGUGGAUGUGGAAGUCAUGAGAAAUGGAGUGAAGGUGGUGAGAUCACUGAAACCAGACUUUGUCCUGAUUCGUCAACAUGCCUUCAGCAUGGCACGCAAUGGAGAUUUCCGCAGCAUGGUGAUUGGACUACAGUAUGCAGGAGUGCCCAGCAUCAAUUCUCUACAUUCCGUGUACAACUUCUGCGACAAGCCAUGGGUGUUCUCCCAACUAGUACGUCUGCACAAGAAGUUGGGUCCAGAGGAAUUCCCUCUAAUAGAGCAAACGUUUUACCCCAACCACAAAGAAAUGCUGACAGCCUCCAAGUUUCCAGUGGUGAUCAAGAUGGGCCACGCACACUCUGGCAUGGGAAAGGUGAAGGUGGACAACCAGUAUGACUUCCAGGACAUCGCCAGUGUGGUCGCCCUAACAAAAACCUAUGCUACGUCUGAGCCAUUCAUUGACGCCAAGUAUGACAUCCGCAUUCAGAAAAUCGGGAACAACUACAAGGCCUACAUGAGAACUUCAAUUUCUGGGAACUGGAAGACUAACACCGGAUCCGCCAUGCUGGAGCAAAUUGCUGUGUCUGACCGGUACAAGCUGUGGGUGGAUUCUUGUGCAGAAAUAUUUGGUGGCCUGGACAUAUGCGCGGUAGAAGCGCUGCAUGGGAAGGAUGGAAGAGAUCAUGUUAUCGAGGUUGUUGGCUCCUCCAUGCCUCUAAUUGGGGACCAGCAGGAAGAAGACCGUCAGCUAAUAGCAGAACUGGUAGUUAAUAAGAUGGCCCAGACCCUGCAGGGCAGCUCAUCUCCCAGUCGCUCUAUACAUGGACAAUUGCCACAGGCUCAGCCUGUUCACUCUCGUUCUCCCACUCCUGUGCAACAACAAAGACCUCCUCCGCAAGGAGGACCACCACCAGCACAGGCUGCUCAGCGGCAAGGGGUUCCUCCACCCCAACAAAGACCUUCACCCCAAGGACAACAGCUUCAAGGUCUUGGUCCUCAACCAUCGCAACAUUUACCAAACCUUCCAAGCCCUGGGGCACAACAACGGCAGAUGAUCCCUCAGCAGCAGCCGCAGCAGCCCCAGCAGAUGAGAUCACAGCAGGGAUCUCCUCGCCAGUCUCAUUCCCCUCAAAGGCAACCAAGCCCUCAAAGUGCGCAGUCACCCCAACGUCAGCAGCAGCAGGUUCCUCCUAUGCCAGCAGGCCCAAAGCCAAUGGGUGUCCAGCCUCCUCAACCCCGCCAACCUGGUCCUCCAAGACAGCCAAUCCCUGUAGGCCCUCAGCAGAAGCCACCACCACCAAUGCACCAACAACAACAACAAGGCAUCCGCCAGCCAGGACAGCAGCCACCACCCCAGCAACGCUCAUCAGGACCCGGUGGUCCCCAACAACAGCUUCCUCAACAGCAGCCACCACAGCAACAGCCACCACAGCAGCAACAACCGCCGCAGCGACCUAUGACCCAGCAACCCAGGCCCAACCCACAGGGACCUGGGCAGGGUGCGGCACGUCCUGGUGGGCCACAAAAGCCUCAGGUGGCUCAGAAGCCUGGCCAAGAGCUGCCCCCACCCCAGCCGCAGCUUAAUAAGUCCCAGUCCCUCACCAACUCCUUCACCCUUGCAGACUCACCAGCUCCACGCUCCAGUCUUAGUCACGACGAGGUGAAGGCCGAAACGAUCCGCAACCUGAGGAAAUCCUUCGCCAGUCUCUUCUCAGACUGAAGGGGUCUUACGGGGAAAAUAAUCCCUUCUGAACAAAACAAAAAAAAAGCAACCACCACAUCCCACUUCUACCACCCAGCAUUGCGGUUGUGUGCAUCACCCCUGCUCCCUCACCUGUAAUGCACGGCUUAGUCUGCUCCUGACAAAAUGCCAAUGAAGAGGUAGAUAUGGAGAGAAGACCAAUCAU